AUGGCUCAUUCAGGCAAAGAACCCACCCUCUCCAUGCCCAUUGAUGGCUCUGGCAUUUCCAGCACAUCGAUCGGAAGUGUCCGAACCCCCAAUCUAUGCCACAAUGCCUUGGAUGUGGAGGCGCGCAUCCGCUGGUUGUCUCCCCCUCCACCCAAUACAUCUGCCCCUUCAGAACAUGACAAGAAAUCUGUUUGGAAUUUCUGGAAGGAAAGUUCAAUACUCCUCGGAGCUGCCCAGUACAUUAUAUUAUCUGUCAAUGACACCAAAUUCACACCUGCAGUGUUCCUUCUCAAUGGGAUACCUGGGCAGAAAGACGUCCAUCUCUGGAUCUCUAUCGUCUUCUUCUUAACGUAUGUUAUUUCCAUAGUAGGAAAUUCAGUAAUUCUCUUCAUUAUAAAAACAGAUUCAAGCCUCCAUGAGCCCAUGUACAUUUUCCUUUCCAUGUUGACCAUCACAGACCUAGGCUUAUUGAUGUCUACCAUGCCGAUGACACUGGGCUUAUACUUGCUUAACUCUAGAGAGAUCAACCUCAAUGCCUGUUUUGCCCAGCUCUUCUUCAUCCACUUGCUUAAAUGCAUUGAAUCCUCUGUGCUCUUGGUGAUGGCCUUUGACCGCUAUAUCGCGACAGACCCACUGAGAUAUGCUUCCAUCUUAACUCUGCCAAGAAUAAGCAAAAUAGGACUGAUGUGUGUGCUAAGAGGGGUGGCUGUAAUACUCCCAAUCUGUUUUCUCCUUCAACGGUUACGAUAUUGUCAAUUUAAUGUCCUCUCCCAUUCCUACUGCCUAAGCCAGGAGGUCAUGAAGAUGGCUUGUUCAGAUAUUAGCGUGAACAGCAUCUAUGGCUUUUCUAUUACAGUUCUAAUGCUGUGGUUGGACUCGCUGCUCAUCUUUCUGUCUUAUGUGAUGAUCCUUAAAACAGUGCUCAGCAUCGCGUCCUAUGCGGAGUGUCUUAGGGCCCUGAAUACCUGUGUCUCCCACCUCUGUGCCAUCCUGUUCUUCUAUAUGCCAAUCACCGGCUUGUCCCUGAUACACAGAUUAGGGGAGGGCUCUUCUCCCUUGUUUCAAACUGUCCUGGGUUAUAUCUACCUGCUCGUCUCGCCCCUGAUGAACCCAAUUGUGUACAGCGUGAAAAGCAAACACCUUCGUGAGAGGAUCAUCAGGGCAUUCAUCAAGUGA